UAUAACCCCCUCCUGCUGCAGUGCACGCUGCGGUGAUUGCCAUUAACGAGGCGGUGGAGAGGGGCUCUGUGGAGGACACUGCACUGGCCCUGCGUAACCCCAAUGCCAUGCUGCUGAACCUCGACGAGCGCCUGGCGCCAGUCUACCAGGAGAUGCUGCACCAAGCCCGGUCACAGAAGAGUGGCAACACCCGGAACAGGUACAACCCUGAUGCUUUCCAAGAGAAAGACAUUUACGAGGAAUACUUGACCCAGGCUGAGAUCCAGAGCAACAUCAACCAAGUGAAUGUGAGCGCUGCUCUGGAGCGGGUGGACGAUGCUCUGGAUAUGAGAGACGGCCCUGCUCUCCACGCUGCCCUGCACUCCCCCUCCCUGGCACUGCAGGGGCUGCGCAGGGAGCUCUCCCACUGGUAUCUGGAGCAGCUCUCCCUGCACCGCCAGGACAAGGCACUGGACCUGGGCUGUGUGGAGCCGCUGGACAGAGAGGAGCUGCAGGAGGGAGUCAACGCUGCCAAUGAGAACGCACAGCGCAGUCACGCCAUGGAGCAGGCAGUGUCUCGUAUCCACGCUGCUCUACGCCGGGGGAUUCCCAGGGAGACAGUGAAGGAGCUGAUGGAGCCGGAUGCAGAGCUCCCUGACGUCUACCCCUUUGCUGCUGAGCUGUACCAACGAGAGCUCGCUGCUCUGCAGGCACAGAACCCACAGGGGGUGCUGUUGCAGGAGGAGCUGUUUGUUGCCGUGGAGAUGCUGUCUGCAGUGGCAUUGAUUAACCAGGCCUUGGAGGCAGGCGAUGCUAGUGGAUUCUGGAGAGCCCUGAUUAGCCCCGCUGCAGGUCUUGCCGAUAUCGAGGACGGCUUUGCUCAGCGUUACUUUGAUGAGCUGUGCAAGCUGAGGACUGCAGCUCUGAGACAAGGCACUGCUCUGCUGUCCUGGAAUGAGCUUCAGGCUGGUCUGAAUAACGUCAACUUGUCUGUGCAGGAAGAGCAUGACCAGAUUGUGUCCAUUGGGCUGGUCAAUCAGGCUCUGGAGAAGAGCGACCCACAGAGCACCCUGGCUGCGCUGAUGCUGCCCUCUACUGGCCUGGCUGACGUACUGCCAGCCAAUGCCAGGCGCUACCACGAUGUGCUGACCUGGGCCAAGAAGCGGAAGGCUCAGGAAUCCCGGGACCCUGGGGCAGAGCUGUGGCUGGCAGAGAUUCAGGAAGGAGUCAGGAAAGCGAACCAGGACACCCACCGGGCCCUGAAGAUGUCCCUGGGUCUGGCUGCAGUGAACCAGGCAGCGAAGGAGGGGAGAUCCUCUCAGACCCUGAAGGUGCUGCUGCUGCCUGAGCUGGGUCUGUGCAGCGUGGUCGCAGAGUGCGCCCCGCACUACCAGGCUGAACUAGCAGCACUGAUGAAGGCCAGGCUGCUGCAAGGGGAGAACGGCAGCCCCUGGGUCCGGCACACGCUGAGGGAGAGAGGCAGCUACUAUUUCCACCUGCACAGCUUCCAGGGAACAUGGGAACAGCCUGAAGGGUUCGUUCAGAACAGCACGCACCUCAGCCGGGACGAGAUCCAGUCCAUCCUGACACGGGUGAGCGCUGCACACGACCAGGAUUGCCUGUGGAGAGCCAGUGAGCCCUUCAUCACCAGACUGCAGGCCAGGGGCCGGGGCUACCUCCUCCGCACACAGCUAGCCACUCGCAGGCACUUCCUGCGCAAGCAGCUCCCCGCAGUCCUCACCAUCCAGUGCCACUGGAGAAGGUAUCUGCAGCAGAGACAUUACCAGCAGAGGCUGCAGUUUCUCCGGGAGAACGCGCACGCAGCCCUCAAGAUCCAGGCGUGGGCGAGGAUGUGGCUGGCAAGGAGGAGAUACCUGGCCAGGCUCCGGCACUUCAGGAGCAAUGUUAAAUCGGUAAUAAAGAUCCAAGCGUUCUUCCGAGCUAACAAGGCUCGUGAGGACUACAGAAUGCUGGUGGGCAGAGAGGCCCCUCCCCUCUCGGUGGUGCGCAGGUUUGCUCAUCUCCUGGAGCGGGGCGAAGCCGAUCUCCUCCAGGAGAGGGAGCUGCAGAGGCUGCGGGAGGAGGUGGUGAGGAGCAUCCGCGCCAACCAGGGGCUGGAGAGCGACCUCGCAAUCAUGGACCUGAAGAUCGGUCUGCUAGUGCGCAACCGCAUCACACUGCAGGAGGUGGUGUCUCACUGCAAGAAGCUGACCAGGAAGAACAAGGAGCAGCUCUCGGACAUGAUGGCGCUGGACAAACAGAAAGGGCUGAAAUCCCUGAGCAAGGAGAAGCGAGAGAAGCUGGAGGCCUACCAGCACCUCUUCUACCUGUUGCAGACCCAGCCAAUAUUCCUGUCCAGGCUGAUCUUCCAGAUGCCUGUGAACAAGUCCACCAGGUUCAUGGAGUCUGUGAUCUUCACUGUGUAUAACUAUGCCUCGGACAGCAGGGAGGCCUGCCUGCUGCUGCAGCUCUUCAGCACUGCCCUGCGAGAGGAGAUCAGGUCGAGGGUGGACCAGAUGCAGGACAUCGUCACCGGGAACCCCACGGUGAUCCGCCUGCUGGUCAGUUUUUACCGGAACGCCCGGGGCCAUAAUGCUCUGCGGGAGAUCCUGGGUCCGCCUGUCAAAGAGGUCCUCCAGGACAAAACCCUGAACAUCCAAACGGACCCCGUGGACAUUUACAAGAGCUGGAUCAACCAGACAGAGUCGCAGACCGGGCAGAGGAGCUCGCUGCCCUAUGCCGUCACUCCGGAGCAGGCUCUGAGUCACGCGGAGGUGCAGCGCCGGCUGGACAUCGCUGUGCGGAGCCUGAAGAGGACGACAGACCGGUUCCUCCACGCCAUCACCUCCAACCUCGACAUCCUCCCGUAUGGGAUGCGCUACACAGCCAAGGUGCUGAAGGACUCCCUGCUGGAGAAAUUCACAGAUGCAACGGAGGAAGAGCUUUACAAGAUCGUGGGGAAUCUCCUCUAUUACCGCUACAUGAACCCAGCGGUGGUGGCUCCGGACGGCUUUGACAUCGUGGAUUACUCUGCCGGCGUGGUUCUGCACCCUGAUCACCGGCGCACCCUGGGCAGCAUCGCCCGGGUCCUGCAGCACGCAGCCGCCAACAAGCUGUUCCAGGGAGACAGCGCGCACCUGCGCUCCCUCAACGACUACAUCUCACACACGCACCUGCGCUUCAGGAGGUUCCUGCAGGCUGCCUGUGACGUGCCCUCGCCCGAGGAACGCUUCAGCGUGGACGAGUACUCAGAGAUGGUCACCCUCAACAAGCCAGUCAUCUACAUCACCAUCGCUGAGCUCAUCAACACACACAAGCUGCUGCUGGAACACCAGGACUCUGUGGCUCCUGAUCACACUGCCCCUCUGCACGAGCUGCUGGCAGACCUGGGGGAUGUGCCCACUGUCCACUCGCUCGCUGGGGAGGGAGUGGGGAACCCCAGCGACCCUGAUGCCGAGCAGACCCUGGCUCGGUGCAGCAGGAUGGAAAUUUCCCUGACGCUGACCAACAAGUUUGACAACUUCAAGGACAAUGAAGACAAGCCUGAUGCUAGAGGCCUCAUGCUGAGCACCAAGCAGCUUAUAAUUGAUGUGAUAAGGACCCAGCCUGGAGACUCUCUCCCUCUAUUGUUACGAACAUCUGCUUCUGAGGACCAGGAGGCGGAGCACUGGCGCAUGAUGCAGAGACGAGCGCUGCGCGACGCCCGCACCCCCGAGAAGAUGAAGCGGAACAAGUCCAUCGUCGCCGACGACAACCUGUCCCUGGAGGAGAAGAAGAGGAAGAUCCAUCGCAACCUGCGCAAGCUGGAGGCCAUGGGAGCACUGCACUACCAGAGCAGAUUCACUGAGAUACUCGCUGACAUCGCCAAGGAUAUCCGUAACCAGCGGCGUUACCGGCAGCGCAGGCAGGCUGAGCUGGUGAAGUUGAGGCACACCCUGCAGGGGCUGAACUGCAAGAGUGCCUUCCACUCGGAACAGAUGGAUUACUACAGCCAGUACAUCAAGACCUGCCUGGACAAGCUGGCAGCCAGGGGCCGGGUGAAUGGGAAGAAAGCUGGAGAAGGCAGAGGGAAGCAGGUGAAGCCGGCCAGUCUCAACUACACUGCAGCCCGACUCUAUGAGAAGGGAGUGCUGCUGGAGAUUGAAGACCUGCCUGUCAGCCAAUUUAAAAACGUGAUCUUUGACAUUAUUCCCUGCGAGGAGGGGGGAACCUUCCAGGUGAAGGCUCGUUUCAUGGGGGUGGACAUGGAGAAAUUCCUUCUGCACUACCAGGACCUGCUUCAGCUACAGUACGAGGGGGUGGCUGUGAUGAAGAUGUUCCACAAAGCCAAGGUCAACGUCAACCUGCUCAUCUUCCUCCUCAACAAAAAAUUCUUCAAGAAGUGAGCAGCGGGGCAAUGGCGACACCCAGUGGUGUCUCCCGGAUCUGCACCCGGCAAGUGGACGAAUUGAUAAGAAACUGUAAAUGGUGGGCUGAGAAGUUUUUUAAUGUGUUUUAUUUUGUGUACAUUGAAACUGCAACAGGUUUGACACUAGAUUAGUCUGAUCCACAUUGUUUACUCCUGGAAACAGUUUUAUUAGUCAAACCUCCUAAUGUUUGCCCUGUUAUCUGUAUUUAUAUUUAUCUUUUACAAUAACGGGCGUUAUUAUAUUAUUAUUGUUAUUUAAUAUUAUUAUUUAAUAUGUGUGUUCUAGAGAAGAUCAAUGUUGGUGCCACAGUACUAUAAAUUCAUGAAAGCCAUCAUGCCAAAUAUGAACCUUUUUUAGAUGUACUAAAACUGUAAAUUCAAUGACACACUAAAAUACGUUUUGGAAGUAUUUUUAAAUGUAUCGCUAUUGAGCUUUUACCUUCCAAUCAAGGCCACUUUCUUAGUCCCGUUUUGACUCCUAUUGACAGCAAUGUAAAGUGACCUUCAAUAUUAAGGCCACCCUAGUAUGCAGUAUUAAGGUACCCUUCUGGUGCUUCAAACACAUCAAUGUUAAAUGACCUCUUAUGAGACCAGCGUGUUGUAAACUAACACAUUUAGCAUGAAACAACAUUGAACUGAUUUGCACAUUUUCAUUUAGAUAAAAAAACCAAUGCUAUUAGAAAAUGUUCAGCAAAUUGGCAAAUAGCUCCAAUAAUAAUGCCCUUCAUAUUAAGCACAUUUUGUUGGUCUGUUGACUGGCACACUUGUAUGAAACUGCUUAGCCAGUGGCAAGUCAGAACGCGCACAGCACAGAGCAAGGCAUCUUUAAAAAAGAAGACAGUAUCGGUGGAUGAAGUGCGAUGCAUUGUGUCAGGAAGUACCUGUGCAGAGGGUUCAGUUUGAGCAGCUGCUUUCUGAAGAGAGCCAGUCUCCCUGCACAUCAGCUCUUUGCUUUAUCUUUGCAGAUCUGUGCUCUCUCCAUAGUUCUACACCAGAACUCCCUUACAAGAGUAUUAGAUACAGAUGAAAAUGAAACAGUAAAAACAUAACCAUUGUCUUUUUAGUACUUUUAUUGACGCACCUCUUGUUUUACAGUUUUGGAAGAGAAUUUGAGAAGUAAGGAACCUGUGUGAUUUUUAUUUUAGAUGUUAUUGUGCUUUCUUUGGCCUCUUUUUUUGAUCCAGUAAUUUAUAAAUUCUGUAAUCUGAACAAGGUCAGGAGACUUUAUUAACAGCUUUCUACAAAGGUCUUUAGCAAGAGAUUCUUCACACCAGAGCUACCCAAGCGUUUGGGCUCAGAGCUACACUGGUCACCAGUCCUUAUAGAUCAUGAAGGAGUAAACCGCUUUGGUUUACUGUAUUAUUGCAAGCACACUAAGACACCACUUCAGUAGCUCUCUGCUCCUUCGUUUAACACCGUUUCGCUUUGCUUCACUUCUACAUAAAACAGAAUUCUGCAAAAGAGCCCUCUGCUGGACAGCCCUGUUACAGGCGACCCUUUGGUAAAUAUUUUGGAAUGGAAGUCUUCUUAUAGUGUAAUAAAUUGUACAAUACUAAAGGGAGAAUGUAGCAGCUUGGCUAUGCAUAGUGAUCUGAUAUAUUCUGCAGAAUGGAAAGGAACUGGAUCAAAUUAAAAGCAGGAAAAAUAUAUAAACCAAGCUAGCAUAGCCUAAUCUCUGUCUCAAUCUGCAUUUAUAAAUAUCCCCAAAUUGCUGCUUCAUCUUGUAAAUAUUUUCUGUCUCAUUACUUCUCACUUUUUAAAUGUUCAGUGUUUUAUUUUUUAUAACCCGUCUUAGUGCCACUGUGGUAUUUAUAUAAAGAAACACAAGCCUAACUUUAUCAGUUGAUCCUGCUCACCAAUACAAGGGAUCUUUCCCUGCUGCUGCUGUUUACACAUUCCCAUCUGCAUCAAAGCUGUGUUGUAAUGGGAGAUUUUCUAUUGCAGUGGUUUUAAAAGGACCUCACACUCCUAGUUUUUGUUUCAGCCAGGAACUAAAUAUAUUUUUUUUACAUUUGCUUGCUUUCCAAUGCACAUAAAACCGUGCUAAUCUUAGAAUGCUGUCUCUAGCUAUUGCUCUGCAUGAGAUUAUGACAAACGAAAUAGCUGCCGUCCUAACCAGCAGUGACGCUGAGUGGAACAUCCUAGAGACUCCUGCGUGAUGCUGGAGAACCCAUCUGUCUCCACGCUCCACAGUCUGAACACAUUGACUGCAAGCCUGUCAGUGUACUCCAUAGGGGGCUGUUCAAUUGAUCUCCAUGCAGCCACUGCAUGAAUCAUUAGAAAAGGGGCCCUAUCUGGUGCUUUCCACACUUCAUACAGACAAAUUCACUGAAGAGACUCCUAUUACACUGCCUAACAAAACCUUGAUACACAGACCAGGGCCCUUCGCUCGUGAUCUGGUAUUGAAACUGUGUUUUAGAUCAAUUGAGUAGACCCUAUUGGUAUUCAUAACACAUUGCAAUUGUGUACAUUUAAUGGAAGAUUAAUGUUUUAUAAUUAAUCAGUUUAUACCCUGAUGAGCCUAAAUGGGAUUAUAUUUAGAGCAUUUUGUAGCUCUGGGGAAUCGCCCUCUAUUGCAUUGGUAGCUAUUCCAGGACAAACCCUAUAAAUAGCUGCUCUGUGCUGUAAAAUGCUCUUUAAAAGAAAGGAAGUUGUGGCUUAUCUGGGUAUAGUUUGAGGAGUCCCCCUCCCUAUUGUGCUGAUGCUGGGGAUCUGUCUCCCUCAUGCCCAAGACUCGCGAGAGUGCCGUCUAGCAGGUCAGAACAGUAUGGGGGGAGGGGGUGGUCUGUGUUAAGGAUAGGGUUUAGAUGAUGGGGUUUCAAGUUAUUUUAAAUUCUUAUUGAAGCGACGCUAACCUGUGAUUGAUGCCUGGCUCUGGAAGCCAAGGUCCAAAACUCAGUGUAAGUGAAGGGCUAGCUGGAUUAGCUGACCUUGUUGCCAGGUGUACACUACCAGUGAAACAUACACACUGAAUCACAGUGCAAAUCCAGACCAUUCGAAAGCAAACCCCUUCUCUGAAAUCUACUGCUACUGUUUCAUAUAUAUAAUAUAUAUUUUUUUUUUUUUGCUACACAGUUUGUGAUUUAAAGGAGCUUUUUGUAAAACAUCUGUAUUGUGUCUCUGUAUAAGAUGCUCUGUGAUGUAACA